UUUUUGGAAUUGCAUUGGACUUUGAUGAUGGAUAAGGCUUGAGCCAGAAGGAAAAACGUGAAGUCAAAUCUAAAGAAACAAUUAAAGACGACAGAUCUGACCUUAUUCCCAUUGUACCUGUCGCUGUCUUGUUGAAUGGUUUCUCACAAGCACACAGAAGCUCAAUGCGCCUUCUCCAUACCGCCAGCUGGUAUGAAGUAGAUGGGAGAAUCCAAGAACAUGGUGCUGAAUGGCAGGAGACAUGGCAGAAAGUUCUCCAGUAAUCAGCCCGUAAGCAAAUCCAGGCUGCAAAACACACAGAGAUCCCAUCUUCGCCAGAACAAAGGCUCCCCGAGUGUCAGAAGAUGCAGUCGACGUUGUGGUGGGGCGCCCCCGGAGGCAGAAAGGCGUCAUGUUCCUUCAUCGGGAAUGACUGCCAAGGAGUUGUGCGAGUAUGAUGAUCUGAGCACCAGUCUGAUCCUGGAUCCAUACCUUGGCUUUCAGACCCACAAGAUGAACACCAGGUUUCGACCAAUCAAAGGCCGGCAGAGGGAGCUGAGGGAGAUCAUUGAGCUUUUCAAGAAGCAUGACAACCUGGAGAAAGCUUUUCAGGCUCUGACAUCUGGAGACUGGACCAGACAUCAUUUUCUCAACAAGACCAAGUCCCAGGAGAAGCUCUUCAAAGCACAUGUGUUUGUUUACCUUCGCAUGUUUGCUUCAGACAGCGGCUUUGAGAUCCUUUCUUGCAAUCGCUACUCCUCUGAGCAAAAUGGAGCCAAAAUUGUAGCAACAAAAGAUUGGAAAAGGAAUGAUAAAAUCGAACAUCUUGUGGGCUGUAUUGCUGAGUUGUCUCCCAGUGAAGAGCGGAUGUUGCUUCGACAUGGAGAGAAUGAUUUCAGUGUCAUGUACUCAACGCGCAAAAACUGCGCACAGCUCUGGCUGGGACCUGCAGCUUUUAUUAACCACGAUUGCAGGCCAAACUGCAAGUUUGUGUCAACAGGCCGAGAUACCGCCUGUGUAAAGGUUCUACGGGACAUUGAACCAGGGGAAGAGAUCUCCUGCUACUAUGGAGAUGGAUUCUUUGGAGAAAACAAUGAAUUCUGUGAAUGCUAUACUUGUGAAAGGCGUGGCACUGGAGCUUUUAAAUCGAAACCAGGGUUACCUGUUGAAGCUCCAGUGAUCAAUAGCAAGUACGGCCUCAGAGAGACAGACAAGCGUCUGAACAGACUGAAGAAGCUGGGGGAAAGUUGCAGGAACUCUGACAGCCAGUCUGUCAGUUCCAAUGCAGAGGCAGACUCUCAGGAACCAACCACUGUACAAACAUCAUUACGUAAGAGAACUUCACAGUCCUGUGUCAAAAAGCACGGAGAAGCUAAGGCUGUAACAAGGCAAACUCUGUCAAGCACUCCUUCUUCUACCUCAUCCUCUAAACGAAGUCAAGCGAAUAUUUCAAGUUUACCAAAGAGACUUAAGUCAAAGCCCACACAGACUUUGUCUAAAGGAAGACGACGCUGUCGAGGCCUAUGGACGAAAGGUUCUAGCCGAGUGAGCGCUAGCGGAAAUCUCAAAGAGUCCUCUAGACGAGACACAGACAGACGUAGAUCUGCAAGCAAAGGCAGUGUUGCGCGUUCAUCAGAAAACAAUCGGAGCUCUUCAAAGGGUGCUUCCCCAUGCAAGGACAGCACACUUUGCCCUUACAGAACUCGUAGGUCCACGAGGACUUCUCUUGGUGCUCAGGGGGCUGAAGGCACAGAGGCUUCAAACCACCCGGCGAGCCCGAGCAUCGUCCUCAAGUCAGAGCCUGGAGAGUUCAUUCCUGUGACACUUGGGCACCAGAUGAGCACUCCUAGUUUGGACUCCAGCUGUCCCAAGAAAGGGACUUGUCCUAGACGCAGAAGGACAGUAAAACAGGAAGACUCCUACGGCGAGUCCUUCGUCCAGGAGGGCGUUCCAGAUCUGCGGCACGCGGUUCGGGCUGCAGAUGUAGCAGACUGUGGGAAGGUGGUGCUCGGCCUUCCAGACCGCCACCAGCACUACAACGGCUCCUCUAAGAGCAGCAAGGCCCUCCGUCGAGGGAAAGGCAAGAAGAAACGACAGAUCACACGCUAUGACGCUCAGCUGAUUCUGCAGAAUAACUCAGGCAUCCCCAAGAUAACACUACGCCGGCGUCGAGACAGCAGCAGCAGCAAGAAUGAGCCCAGAGAGACCAGCUCCUCAAGCUCCUCCAAAAUCAGCAUCAAGUUCAGCAAGGAGCACGAGAAGGACCGGAGCAGCUCGUACGUAGCCAAACUCAACAACGGCUUCAGCCACGGACCGCACAGCAGCUCCACCAAGCUCAAGAUCCAGCUGAAGCGGGAGGAAGACCCCGCCAGCUUGCACCGCACUUACCCGGAGGACGUCACCUUGGGCAUCGUGCAACGAGACGCUGCGGACGUCCUGGAUCACAAGGCAGCCGCUCAGGUAGGUCAGGACAUGGAAGUGGAAUCGAUGUCGUCAGAGGACGACGACGAUGACUACUUUGAUAACGAGGAUGAUUUCAUCCCGCUCCCACCAGCAAAACGCCUGCGCCUCAUCGUGGGCAAAGAUUCCAUAGACAUUGACAUUUCCUCCAGACGGCGAGAAGAUCAGUCGCUCAGACUCAACGCAUAAGCUGUGUAAAUAAUCCAUUGUCUCAAUCAUGUUCAUUUUGAACAGAUGUAAUUUAAAUAGAAAAUGCAAAUGUACAAUUAAAUCAUGGCAAAGUAUCUUUCUUUACAUUUUAGUGAUGGCACUUCUUUAUUGUUUCCUCACUAUGAAUAUAAAUAUUGUAGAAAGUGUA